AAUUGCAUAGCAGAGAUGGCCGACGAUCGAACAGAGGAUCCUACGUUGCUAACUAAGUUGGAAGGGGUAAAGAUAUUCGACAAGCCAUCGAGGGAAAUGAUUGGUCCAUCAAAGGUUAAAGAGACAAUGGGACAAAGGAUAUCACUGCAUCAACAGAAAAAAAUGUCUGGUUCAUCCCAGGUCAAAGAGCCGACAGAAGUAAACCUACGAGGCCAGGCACCGAUACAAUUAAAGUUUCCAAGUGAGUUAAUUGAAGCCCUUCACGACACACGGGGACUGCAUAUUUUUACCAGUGACCACUCGUACUUGUAUUAUACUCAACGUGGAAAAAUUGACCCCAACCCAAAGCUUGAAGAUUAUACUACCAAGAUCUCUGGUAUUAAAUAUGGAAUGGAAUUACGUAUGUCUUGGACUGUGGAUGGAACUUGGAUAAUAUUUAAACAUGAAUCACCACUACAUCUCCAAGAAAUGAUCUCUGCAUUGGUUCCAUUGUGUCAAGCAGUGGAACAUAUUACUAUUGCCUAUCAUUUCGAUGAGUAUAUUCAUGCACAUGGAUCAAUGCCUUUCAUUCCAAUGAAAUCAGUCCUCACUGUAUGCCUCCACAUAAGAUACUUGAAGGCAACACUCCAAGAUAUGUUACUGACUGUAAGUAAUUGUUUUCCAAAUGCAAAGAGUCUGGCGCUGGAUGGCGUAAGAGUUUUACGCUACUACAGCACAGAUGUGUCUCCCUCUAACGUCCCUACUCACAGACUCCACUCCGACACGCCGCUGUCUUCAUUGAGAAGAUUAGAAAUACGUACCGAAUAUGUCUCAGAUACUCUUGGCACCCUUUUUCUCUCCAUUUCUUCUUCCUGUCAAAACAUUGAAUCACUCACCGUCGAAAGCUAUAAAACUCUCAAAUGGGAGAAGUCAAGCACAGCCAUGAAAUCAUGCAAAUUACCUAAUCUGACUGAUAUCCAUCUUAAAUCUCAUUGGUCUCACGAGCACUACGCACUUCAAUUGAUAACAGACUUUCUACAUGUAGGUCGUGCGAUGAGUCCUAGUUUGAAGUUUGUCAAAGUAGAAAGUGUACGGCUAAGAGAUGUAGUAAUGGAGAGUGUUGAAUGGUCCCGAACAUCUUCAGAGUGUGGGUUGCAAAUUAAAGGUGCAUUAGCGGAAAGUGUAGAGCUCCUACUGGACAAAUUUUUAUACUUUGGUUUGUCACCAAUAGCCGAAUUGCGAAAGUCAGUAGCUGCACCAAUAACUGAGUUAAUUGAUCUUACAACUAGUGACUUUAAAGAGGUUACUGUCCUUACACUUGUCAGUUGCAAGAUUGAUUUCGGUCAGUCUGAAAGUAAGUCCCUGCAAAGCCCGAAGGAACUUGGUACUCUGCGGGAAAUCAGGUUCGUUGGUUCAGAAAACCCACUUUCCGAAUCUGACAAGAACAAACUUUCGGAGUUGUAUCCUAAUGUCAAAUUGACUGAAAAACAGGAGAGUCAGGAGUCAUCUGAAGAAUCUCAGGAGGGUGAAGGGAUACCUUCCAAGUUGGACAAAGCCUCCUCUCAAUCACUCAAGACAUCUGCCAUAGACAAACUUGCUGAGAUAAAGGUUGAAUGUCAUAAAGACACAGGCUCACAGAACCCUGAAGGUGGAGAAGAAGAAAUAUCAUGGCAAGAAAAGGAAGAGGAAUUUGACGUCAACAAAGGAAGCCUGUCAAAUGAAUCAGUACCCGAUGAAGGAGAUGUCGAAACAACCAAGAAAGAGUGCUGCAAGAGAGUUGGAGCCGAUGGUGGUAGACUGCGGCUAGAAUCCUUUGGGAUUGAACUUAAGAUACCUCCUGGUGCAAUCGACAGCAAAGAGCCACAAGAAAUCUCUCUUCAUGUCCUGACCGAUACUCCUAAUCUUGGUUUCACCAAAGACGAGAUGUCAGUCUGCUUUGGUGUACAGUGUCUAGCUCCUGAUGACUUAGUGCUGAGGUCACCGGUUACUUACACAAUACCUCAUUGCGCUGUUGCAACACAGUACUCCGGCUUAGAUGCAGUCCUAUACACAGGAGAGGGAGAAUAUCCAUCGGGUAGGUUGGGCUAAAUAUUAUAUAACAAUUGCAAAUCAAAGAAAUACCUACCUAUAGAAAUGGAUGUAAUCACGUGAACGUAUUAUGAAAUGUGGUGGGGAAGAAAUAAGUCUAAUAAUAAAAAUGUAAGAUUUACCAUUUUUCUAACAAAGUUUUUGUGACAGAGACAAAUGAAAUAUAUAAUAC